AUGUUCGAGGGAAAGCAAGUCAAGAUAGGGAAAGAUCUUCCUGGUACGAUUAAACAAGAAAUCGUGGCCACCAUUGCUGAGUUCCGCGACGUCUUCGCCUUCAGCACGGAAGAAAUGUCUGGCAUCCCUACUAGCGUCAUGUGCCAUAAACUUGACAUAAGACCAGGCCACAAACCAAAACCAAAUGGCAAAUGGAGGAUGUGUGUCGAUUUCACGGAUUUGAAUAAGGCCUGCCCCAAGGACGACUAUCCACUUCCAAAAAUAGAUCGCCUGGUGGACUCCACAGCAGGCCAUGCGCUACUAAGUUUCAUGGAUGCCAAUGCCGGAUAUCACCAGAUUCAAUUGGCGCCGGAGGACCAAACACACACGGCCUUCAUUACUAGCAUGGGUGUCUACUGCUACAAAGUCAUGCCCUUCGGGUUAAAAAAUGCUGGAGCCACCUAUCAAAGGAUGGUAAACAAGGUUUUCCAAUCUCAGAUUGGACGAAAUUUAGAAGUAUACGUGGAUGACAUGAUAACAAAAAGCAAGCACGCAACUCAGCACGCUGCGGAUUUGCGUGAAACGUUCAAUACCCUCCGUAAACACCAGAUGAAGCUCAAUCCGGACAAGUGCGUGUUCGGGGUAACCGGAGGAAAGUGUCUCGGCUUCUUGGUAGACGAGCGGGGCAUCGAGGCAAAUCCAGAUAAGAUUCAGGCCAUUCAAAACAUGAGAUCCCCCACCUCCGUAAAAGAAGUACAAAAGCUCACGGGGUAUAUAGCUGCUCUAGGAAGAUUCCUUUCAAAGUCCGCGGACAAAUGCUUGCCUUUCUUCAAAACGAUAAAGCAACAGAAAUUCGAAUGGACCACGGAAGCAGAAGAGUCUUUCCGCCAGCUUAAGGAGCACCUAUCGGCCUUGCCAAAACUAGUUUCGCCCAUCAACGGGGAAAAGCUAGUCUUAUAUGUCUCUGUCUCCGAAUACUCGUUAUCCGGAGUGCUUGUGGCGGAAAGGGAAAAGAGGCAGCUCCCAAUAUACUAUGUGAGUCAUGCAUUCCGUGGCUCGGAAGGGAACUAUUGCGAAGUGGAAAAGCUAGCAGAUUUCGGCAUCGAGUACGAACCUCGAACAGCAAUUAAAGCACAAGCUCUGGCUGACGUUAUUGCUGAAAGCACAUCCCCCCCUCCUGCUGAACUUAAUCAAGAAUGGAAAUUAUAUGUAGACGGGUCUUCAACACAAUCGGCGAGUGGGGCCGGGCUCCUCAUUAUGUCUUCCGCCGGGGUCCGCAUGGAAAGGGCGGUCAGAUUCGAGUUCGCGGCAUCCAACAAUGAGGCCGAGUACGAAGCAUUAUUGAUGGGGCUGAAAAUCUGCUAUGAGGCAGGGGCUAAAGAAUUGGCCGCAUUCUCAGACUCCCAAUUAAUAGUGGGGCAAGUAAACGGGGAAUUCGAGGCUAAAGACAAUAGCAUGAAAAUGUAUCUGCAGCAAGUGAAGGACUUUGUUCCAAAGUUUGAUAAGUUCACGUUGGAGCACAUUCCACGAUCCCAAAAUGCCCAAGCCGAUUCCCUAGCAAAAUUUGCCAGCUCCGCAGAUACUUCCGCGGCUCGUGAUAUAAUUUGGGAAGUGCUCCCUAACCCCAGCAUCAACUUCAUGAUCAAUACCAUCGACAGAUCUGAAACAUGGAUGGGGCCAUACGUUAAGUACUUGCAAGAUCAAACGCUCCCCCAAGACGAGAAUCAGGCCAAAAUGCUCCAGAAGAAGGCCAAAUGGUUCGAACUUCACGAAGGAACGCUCUAUAAAAAGUCAUACACGCAUCCCCUUCUGAAAUGUGUUGCUCCUGAAGAAGGAAAUUAUAUCCUACGCGAAAUACACGAAGGAGGAUGCGGAAUACAUCAGGGAGUGCGAACUGUCAUUAGCAAAGUCCUUAGGAGUGGAUAUUAUUGGCCUUGA